UCCGGGGAGACCAGAUAUAGUGGAUGCAGGGUCCGGGGAGACCAGAUAUAGUGAAUGUAGGGUCCAGGGAGACCAGAUAUAGUGAAUGCAGGGUCUGGGGAGACCCAGAUAUAGUGAAUGCAGGGUCCGGGGAGACCAGAUAUAGUGAAUGCAGGGGUCCGGGGAGACCAGAUAUAGUGAAUGCAGGGUCCUGGGAGACCAGAUAUAGUGAAUGCAGGGUCCGGGAGACCAGAUAUAGUGAAUGCAGGGUCCUGGGAGACCAGAUAUAGUGAAUGCAGGGUCCAGGGAGACCAGAUAUAAUGAACGCAGGGUCCGGGGAGACCAGAUAUAGUGAAUGCAGGGGUCCGGGGAGACCAGAUAUAGUGAAUGCAGGGUCCGGGGAGACCAGAUAUAGUGAAUGUAGGGUCCGGGGAGACCAGAUAUAGUGAAUGCAGGGUCCGGGGAGACCAGAUAUAGUGAAUGUAGGGUCCGGGGAGACCAGAUAUAGUGAAUGUAGGGUCCAGGGAGACCAGAUAUAGUGAAUGUAGGGUCUGGGGAGACCAGAUAUAGUGAAUGCAGGGUCCAGGAGACCAUAUAUAGUGAAUGCAGGGUCCUUG